CCUGAUGUUUGAGGGAGUCCACACAGGAAAGCCUGGGGCCUUUGCCCUUUGUCAGCCCCACUACAAACUGAGCAGAGUGCUAGGAUUUUUUUUUUUUAAUAGAGUCGUGUCCAUUUCCUCAAUGAGCAAAGGGCAGUUGAGAGAGGGCAGAUAAGUCAGCUGAGUCAGGCUGGGCCCCUGCGACUCCCCAGUGCCUGCAGCUCAGAAGCCCUUUGGAGGAGGGGAUGCUUCGUGGAAGCGGCCCGACUUUAAGAGAUGGCUUUUUCCUAGGCCUCAGUGGCUCUGUGUGAGGUAGAAGCCACCCAGCCCCUGCUGGGGACAGGUCACGGUCAGGCCUUUUUCUGGAGUUGGAAGGACUUUGGCAGAGAAGGGCAAGGCAGGCAGGAUGGCACUUUGGAAGGCUGUGCCCUUUUUGGGGACCUUGCUGAAGCUUUUGAGGACUCCAAGCCCCAAGCUCGUGGCAGAAGCCCUGGUGGGGAGGAAGAGGGACGUUCUGGGCAGAACUCCACAACGCUUGGUGAGGUGGGAUGGGGGACCAGGCCCAGCUGACCACAGACCCCGUUUUCUUCCAGACGGGGGGAGAAGAAAACAAGACCAACCCCCCCACCCCCGGGAAGAUGCAGUUCUUCGGCCGCCUAGUCAGCACAAUUAGCAAUGUCACCAACUUGUUUUCUAACCCAUAUCGGGUGAAGGAAGUGCCUAUGGCUGACUACAGAGCCUGUGUUCAGCUCAGGGAAGAAGGACAGUUGAUUUUGUUCAAGAACAGCCCUCAUCGUACCUGGGAUUGCCUGCUAGUGAACCCCAGAUCCCCACAGAAUGGAUUCAGGCUCUUCCAGCUGGACACAGAGGCCGAUGCCAUGGUGAACUUUCAGCAGUUUUUUUUGGUACUGCCACCCUUUUAUGAGAGCUCAGCCCGGGUGCUACAAGCCGACGUCCUGCAGCAGCUGACCGACUGCAUCCGAAGCCACCCCAGCUGGUCCGUGGCCCAUGUGGCUGUGGAGCUGGGGAUCCGAGAAUGCUUUCACCAUGCCCGAGUCAUCAGUUGUGCCAACAGCACAGAGAAUGAGGAAGGGUGCACGCCCUUGCACCUGGCCUGCCGAAAGGGCGAUGGGGAGAGCUUGGUGGAGUUAGUCCAGUAUUGCCAUGCCCGCAUGGACGUCACAGACAACAAUGGGGAGACUGCCUUCCAUUAUGCUGUGCAGGGGGACAAUCCACAGGUGCUGCAGCUCCUGGGGAGGAACCCUUCGGCUGGACUGAACCACGUCAGCAACCACGGCCAGACGCCGCUGCACCUGGCCUGCCAGCUGGGCAAACCGGACAUGGUCCGUGUGCUGCUGCUGUGUAACGCCCGCUGCAACGUUGUGGGUCAGCAUGGCUACGCCAUCCACACGGCCAUGAAGUUCUGCCAGCGAGGGUGUGCUGAGGUGAUCAUCAACAUGGACAGCAGCCAGAUCCAAAGCAAGGACCCCCGAUACGGAGGCACCCCCCUCCACUGGGCCAAGAAUGCAGAGAUGGCUCGGAUGCUGCUGAACCGGGGCUGCGACGUGAACAGCGUCAGCAACACGGGGGACACGGCCUUGCAUAUCGCAGUGAUGCGGGACCGCUUUGACUGUGUCAUGGUGAUGCUGACCUAUGGCGCCAAUGCUGGGGCCCGCGGGGAGCACAGCAACACGCCGCUGCACCUGGCCAUGCUGAAAGACAACAUAGAGAUGAUCAAGGCCCUCAUCGUGUUUGGUGCCGAGGCGGAUACCCCGAAUGACUUUGGAGAGACUCCUGCCAUGAUUGCAUCGAGGGUACACAAAGUUGUCACCAGGAAUUCGCUCUUGGCUCUGCUGAAAACCAUAGGGGCUGACCAUCUCACAGCCCCCGGGGCACCCCUGGAGGUCUCACAGCCUUCCACUUCCUCCCAGGACAGACCGCUGCCCCCACGGAUGCCCAUGCGUGAGAUAGAGCUGCAGGACUUUGUCCACCUCUCUCGGUCCCGGAAGCCCAACUUCAUCCUGAGUUCUAUGAGGGAUGAGCGGAGAACCCACGACCACCUGCUGUGUCUGGACGGUGGAGGAGUGAAGGGCCUCGUCCUCAUCCAGCUACUCAUGGCCAUCGAGAAGGCCGCUGGCAUCCCCACCAAGGACCUCUUCGACUGGGUGGCCGGGACCAGCACGGGCGGGAUCUUGGCUCUCGCCAUCCAGCACGGCAAGUCCAUGGCCUACAUGCGUGGCCUCUACUUCCGCAUGAAGGACGAGGUGUUCCGCGGCUCCAGGCCUUAUGAGUCAGGCCCACUGGAGGAGUUUCUGAAGAGGGAAUUUGGGGAGCACACCAAGAUGACGGACAUCAAGAGACCCAAGGUGAUGCUGACGGGGACCCUGUCUGACCGCCAGCCAGCCGAACUCCACCUGUUCCGCAAUUAUGAUGCCCCCGAGACCAGAAAUGAACCUCGUUUUGCACAGAACCCCAACUUACCACCCCUCACCCAGCCCCAAGACCAGCUGGUGUGGAGGGCAGCCCGCAGUAGUGGGGCAGCACCCACCUACUUCCGGCCCAUUGGGCGCUUUCUUGAUGGAGGACUCCUGGCCAACAACCCAACACUGGACGCCAUGACCGAGAUCCAUGAGUAUAACCAGGACAUGAUCCGCAAGGGCCAAGGUCACAAAGUGAAGAAGCUCUCCUUGGUGGUCUCCCUGGGGACCGGGAAGUCCCCGCAGGUGCCAGUGAGCUGCGUGGAUGUCUUCCGCCCCAGCAAUCCCUGGGAACUGGCCCGCACUGUCUUUGGAGCCAGGGAGCUGGGCAAAAUGGUGGUGGAUUGCUGCACAGAUCCUGACGGGCGAGCAGUGGACCGGGCCCGAGCGUGGUGCGAGAUGGUCGAUAUCCAUUAUUUCAGACUGAACCCCCAGCUGGGAACAGAUAUCAUGCUGGACGAGGUCAGCGACAUGGUCCUGGUGAAUGCCCUCUGGGAAACCGAGGUUUACAUCUAUGAGCAGCGGGAUCAGUUACAGAAGCUGGUCCAGCAGCUCCUCACCCCCUGAGGCUGACAGGAGGAGUUGGGGGAGGGGAGCACUGCCCCUGCCCAACCCCCCACCCCACCUCACCUCAAAGACCUUUCGAGGAACAGUGCCUGGGAUUUGGGUGGCCUGCCCAGAAUGAGUACCUGUAUGGAGGGGCAUCCUGUCCCACCCCGCUCUGAGGGACUUGGGGUGUUCCCAGCCUGAGGCCUCCACACCUCAAGCUUGGGGUCCUCUCUUCUCGCCGUUACUGCCUUAAAGUGUUGACCAGAACCACCAACCUCCUUAUGCCUUGUCCCUUCCCUCACAUCCUCCAUCAGGUGACAGAUCCCCAGAGGACCAGCCUAGUGCCAUCCUCACUUCCAGAGCCCCCCUUUGCCAAGGUGGGCCACUGGGGUGGGUAUUUCCUGACAAGAACACUGGACAGGAAUCUAUUUCUUUUGAGGAGCCUGGAUGGGGGGGGCCUGGGGAGCUGGAGGGAGUGUGAAGCUGGAGGAGGCCCUGGAGACAGGUCUGAAAAUAGAGUCUGUUCUCAGCCUCACCUCCAGAGGCCCCAGCUGCCUUGGCAGGGAGCCCCAGGCUGACAUGGCUCCUCCUCCCCCUUUGGAGUGGUUCUGGGAGACGACCCUUGCGCCUACUCUCAGGCUGCAAAUUCCCAUCAGUCCCUGACCCUGCUUUACCUUCCCAAGAGAGAAUCCACUCAGCUCCGAGAAGGAGGAAGUUCAGAGCCAACUUUGCCCCCAGUCUGCUGCCCCAGCCCAGGAAACUCCCAAAGUCCAUUCUCUGUUGGGCCCAUUCUCUUCUCCCGCCCCUCCCUUUUCCAUUGGCUUGGUUCUUAAGCAAGGGUUAAUUUAUUAUUUUGGACAAGGAAAUGUUGUAAGCUGCUCCUUGGGGCCUGGCUCUUGGUGCCCCCCCCCACAGAAGAUGUGGGUAAGAAGAGGGGUUCUGGGUGGCCCCCCCCCACCUCCACCCCUCUUCAAGAGUGAAUCCUCAAACCAGAAUAAAUGUCUUGGAUUGAAGCCUC